AUGACCGUCGGCGACGGCGAACCCACCGUCUCCAUCCCUGUCGGCAUUGUCAUCGGUCUCCUCGCCUCCUUUGUCCAGUCCCUUGGCCUCACCAUCCAGCGCAAGAGUCAUGUACUGAACCAAGCCCUGCCAGAGGAGGAGCAGAAGCCCGAGACCAGAAGGCCUCUCUGGCUUCUUGGAUUUGCCGUCUUCAUCUCCUCCAACCUAUUUGGAUCCGUCGUCCAGAUCGCGUCCCUCCCCGUCGUCAUCCUUGCACCCCUCGGUGCCGUCUCUCUCCUCUGGAACGCCUUCUUCGCCCGCCUCCUUCUUGGCGAUGUGUUCUCCCCAUGGAUGGUCCUUGGCACUCUCCUCAUCGCCGGCGGCGCCGUGCUCAUUGCUAUCUUCGGCAUUUUGCCGGAGCCUACCCACUCUCUUGAAGACCUUCUCCGUCUCUUCAGCAGGCCGGCUUUCAUAGCCUACUUUUCGCUCCUUGGAGUCGUUGUGUUAGUCGUCCUGGCCACGACCCACAUUGUGGAGUACUCAUACGCACGUCGCUUCAAGAUUGCGGAUGUUACCCCUCCUCUAUCACCCCUCGCUGCUCCUGCUACCGCACCUUCUGUCCUCACGAUCGCCACGACCGCGAGCCAUGCGCUGGACCCUUCAUCUCCCACCGAACGCACUCCCCUCAUUGACCGCAAGCCUCAUCCCCGCUCAAAGUCACCUUCACCCUCCACCUCUAUCAGUUCCAUGAUCACCAGCCCGCUAUCAUUUACCGCAAGAUCCCCACGCACACCCUUAUUCCUCGCGUCUUCGUAUGCCUCCAUCUCGGGCAUCCUCUCAGGCAUGUGCCUGCUUUUCGCCAAGAGCGGUGUUGAGCUACUAUUGCUCACACUGGGAGGAGACAACCAGUUCUGGAGGUGGCAAGCAUGGAUGCUGGUGAUAGCCCUGGUUGUCUUCGCCCUCCUGCAGCUCUGGUACAUGCACAAGAGCUUAGUCCUCGCCGACCCCACGUUAGUUUGCCCCCUCGCAUUCUGCUUCUACAAUUUAUCGUCGAUCGUGAACGGACUCGUGUACUUCGAUGAAUUCUCGGAGCUCCCGACCUAUUGUCUCUUGCUGGUCCUUCUCGGCAUCGCUGUCCUAUUGGCGGGUGUUUGGAUCAUCAGUUUCCCUCCCGAGGGUGGUCGAGGUGUCGAUAUCGGCGCCUGGACAUCUGGGGAUCCGCCAACGGAGCUUAUGAGUGCCGAUGAGGACAUCGACGUUGAAGGGCGGGACGACGAGCCGUACGAAGAUGAGCCCCUGCCUAUGGACGAAGCAUCCAUCGUGGAGACUUCCCGAGGUCGCUCUCCCCCCUUGGAGAUCGUCACCGAACCGCCGACACCAACACCUGCCCCUCAACUCUCCCCUCGACUACCAGUCAGCCCCGCGCACUCGAAGCGGCGCACGCCCGGCGGGCACGGCCGCCUACAAACCGACACCGCGCUACUCGCCUCUCCCCCACCGCGCUCUCUCUCCGCCUUCACGACGAGCACGGGCGCGGAGCAUGACAUGCUGUCAGACUACCAGAGCGGCGUCACGGGCUCUGGCACGCGACGGCGGAGGACGACGAUGGGCGGGGCGACGCUCCCGCCGUCAUCGCCGCCGUUCUUGAACCCGCUCUCGCCUAACCACUCGGGCAUCGGCGGCUUUUCGAUCGGGCUGUCACCGAUCAGCCCUGGGUUCUCGAUCGUCCCGCGCGAGCGGCGGCGGCGUCCCACGGCGAGCGGACUGGGCACGGCGAGCGGGCACGCGAUGAGCGGGAGCCUGACGAUGGGGAGCGCGAGUGGAACCGGGACGGAGCAAGGCGGGCAGGAAGGAGAGAGCGAACAGGGGGGCGCGGGGAAGCUAGGGAGGGGAAUGCCGAACUCGCGAUCGCCGCUCAAGAUGCGGCGGGUGGUGAGCGAGGGGGACGCAGAGCGGAGAACAGCGGCAGCGGUGGCGGGGAGUGGGCUGCCUUAUGGCACGGACCUUGAGCGGGGAGACAGUGAAGGUGCGCUAGACGCGAGGCACGAAGGUGAGGGCGGUGGAGGAUCGCAGGCCCAGGGCGCGUGGACGUGGCUGCGGGGGGUGUUCCAUGCAGAGUCGGGGAGAUGA